AUGUCAAGGAUUAAAGGUUGUCGGAUUUAUCAUAGGAUUUAUUCUACACCCUCCUCUGAUGUCAAUCAGCCUUCACAGCCAUAUAGCGUUUUGCUCAAAGCCAACCAUCGCCAAGGCGCUCUAAUAUUCGAAUCAGGAGUUGUUGCGGAGCUUACGUCAUCUGAAUAUAGUUCUUUAAGUCAAGGUUAUUCAAAGAUUUCGGAUGCAUGUGCAUGCUUGGGUGUUUUGGUGACACGACCAGGACUUCUUGCCGGAGGUGUUGAUAUAAGGAUUAACGAAUCGAUUUCUUACUUAGUGCUUGUCACCGACUGCAGAUCCGUUGGAAAACUAACUAAUUUUGAGGUUUUUCAAAUUAGAGCUGUUCACUUUCUCUGCCUUCGUCAAGCCAACUUUGAAGAAGAAGCAUUGGGCGAGAUUCGCAAGUUUCUCUCCUCUGGUGCCUUUUAUUUCUCACGGAAUGUUUCUAAUGACUGCCCUUAUGAUCUAACAUUGAAUUUCCAAAGGCAGGCUGAAAUAUUUAGCAAGAGAUUUUUAGUUGACAAUAAUGAUCUAACGGACCCUUUCCGUGCUACAAUCUGUGAUGAUAUUCACUCUUUGGCUGAUACUGACCUCAGAUUUUUAUGGAAUCGAGGUCUAAUGAGCUAUUUUGCCCGAGCUGGUAUCAGACCACAAGAAUGGACUGUUUCAAUAAUAUGUGGUUAUUUCAAAGAUAGUAUUGUAUUUUGUGGGCCCAAGCAAGCUCGACUUGGUAUUGUUUCUAGACUAUCCGCUCAACAUGCUGGCACACGGUUUUAUGCACGAGGCGUUAAUGAUGAAGGUGACGUAGCAAAUUUCGUUGAAACUGAGCAGGUAUUUAUUUAUUACGCUCUGAUAAAUUCCCAUUAA